UUGUGUUUCCCUGUCCAAGGCAGCUGAAGUCAGAGAAAAGAAAAACUAAGAGAAGGGGGCACGCGCGGACACAGCCACAGCAAAAUGCAUGCAUGUUAGAGGAGGGAUCUUCAUAGCAUGAAACUGUGGUAUAUGGAAGAGCAAAGACACUAAAGGAUCUGGCAGAGGUGGCUCAGUGUUGUUUGACUAAUCCCUUUUUCCUGCUAUUUAGCUGACACUAUAAAAAGUAAACAGUAAAAGUCCAACUGUAACAAGAUGGGAUCCGGCUCCUCAACUUACCGACCCAAGUGUAUUUAUUUGGAUAUCGAUGGAAGAAUUCAAAAGGUGAUCUUCAGUAAAUACUGCAAUUCCAGAGAUAUUGUGGACCUCUUCUGCAUUGCAACUGGGUUACCAAGGAACACAACUAUCUCACUUUUGACGGUUGAUAAUUGCAUGGUAUCCAUCGAUCCAACAAUGCCAGCAAACUCAGAGAGUACUCCAUAUAAAGUGAGACCUGUGGCCACUGGACAGUUAUCAGAGAAAGAGGAAUUGUUCCAGAGUGUACUGACACAGAUUGCUGAACAAUUCUCAAGGGUGUUUAAUAUUAAUGAACUGAAAACUGAAGUAGCAAAUCACUUGGCAAUGCUGGAGAAAAAGGUUGAACUGGAAGGACUGAAAGUAGUAGAGAUCGAGAAAUGCAAGAGUGACAUUAAAAAAAUGAGGGAGGAAAUGGCAGCAAGAAGCACCAGGACCAGCUGUCCCUGUAAGUACAGCUUCUUAGAUGAAAACAAGAAGUUGACACCCCGAAGAGAUGUACCAUCCUAUCCAAAGUACAUGCUGUCUCAGGAGACCAUAGAAGCACUUCGGAAACCAACAUUUGACGUCUGGCUGUGGGAGCCCAAUGAGAUGCUGAGUUGUUUGGAACAUAUGUACCAUGAUCUCGGAUUGGUGAAAGACUUUAAUAUCAACCCCAUCACACUGAAGAGAUGGUUGUUGUGUAUUCAUGACAAUUACAGAAACAACCCGUUCCAUAAUUUUCGGCACUGCUUCUGUGUGACUCAGAUGAUGUACAGUAUGAUCUCACUCUGCAAUCUCCAGGAGAAAUUUCCCCAAGUUGAUAUCUUAAUUCUAAUGACUGCCGCCAUAUGCCAUGAUUUGGAUCAUCCAGGAUACAACAACACCUACCAGAUUAAUGCCCGAACAGAGCUUGCUGUGCGUUACAAUGACAUCUCCCCACUGGAGAACCAUCACUGUGCUGUGGCUUUCCAGAUCAUUACCCAGCCAGAAUGCAACAUUUUCUCCAACGUCACCCAAGAACAAUUCAAACGGAUAAGACAGGGGAUAAUUACAUUAAUCCUGGCAACAGACAUGGCAAGACAUGCAGAAAUACUGGACUCUUUCAAGGAAAAAAUGGAUAAUUUUGAUUACUCAAAUGAGGAACAUGUGACCUGUUUGAAGAUGGUACUGAUAAAAUGUUGUGAUACCUCAAAUGAAGUCCGCCCGAUGGAAGUGGCGGAACCAUGGGUAGACUGCUUAUUAGAGGAAUAUUUUAUGCAGAGUGAUCGAGAAAAGUCUGAGGGACUUCCAGUGGCACCUUUCAUGGACCGAGAUAAAGUGACCAAACCAACAGCACAGAUCGGGUUCCUUAAGUUUGUCCUGAUCCCAAUGUUUGAAACAGUGACAAAGCUUUUUCCAGAAGUUGACGAAGUAAUGCUCCAACCUCUUUGGGAAUCCAGGGACCGCUACGAGGAAUUAAAACAACUAGAUGAUGCUAUGAAAGAGUUGCAAAAGAAGAAAAGCACAAGUUUGACAACUGACAGCACACAGAAGUGAAAAGAAAAACACUCCGAGCUACACAAAAGUCACAAGAACAGAACUGAUGAGACCUUAAAGGUCUGUUGUGUUUGUUCAUGGAGUGGAUUGAUGCAGCUAAGUAUCAUGGGAUCCUUCAGCCCGGAGGAAAGAUGGUAGAAAGCCGCCGAGACCAUGGCAAGAACAUAUUUUGUAAGAACUGUUGCUAUCCUCAUGGAUGUAAAAAAAGGAAACUUUGAUGUAUAGGUUUUUUUUAUUUUUCAACUGCUCUUCUAAAUAAUAUAUUCUUAUACAAACCUAGGUGCUGUAAUUAUUUCCUUUCAUGGAUGUGUAUAUAAAGAACUGCUCCUAUUCCCAAAGAAAAAUGUUUUCAUAUAUGUACAUGGAGGAAGGGGUUGGGUGUUGGACUUUUUAGAGGAGACAUUUUAUAAACAUUUGUGUGUGGUAUAGUGUGUGUCAUAACAGUAAGAACAGAAAAAUGCUUUAUUAUUCAUGUAUGGUUAUGUAAAUAUUAGGAGCUAAAUCCUGCCCUGGUGUAUACCCACAGGACACUAACCCUCACAUGGUUACUAAAGGAAAGGGAGAAAAAGUUUAACUCUGGUGGUCUAGUAGUGUUGAUAUGCACUGACAUGUGGGAGAGGCAGGUUUAUUUACAAGGCCUACUCCCUCCCGCCCCUGCUACCGUACUGAGGACCAGAUUGUGACUGAUCCCUG